AUUUAUCACAAUAAAACAUGCUGUUAUGGCCAUAUAGACUACAUAUCACAACAUGGAUCAUAAAAAUAACGGAGUCGUCCUUUACUAUGCCGACGAUGGCGAGAGUAUAUGUGAUCUCAUUGCAUCUUUCUCCAAAAGUUUCAACUGCACAGUCAUGAAACACAAUAUAAGUUUAAGACGAUCUCCAAGACACAACUUAAUUUUUGUUCUUAUUUUAACUCCUGAAAUGUUAGAAGAACUAGAAAAUCGUGCAAGACUUUGUCUACAAGAAGUGACGCGUGGUUUCCAAUACAAAAUCUUGCUUCACCAUGAAGCUCCUGAGUUACAAAACAAAAGCACGCAACGAAUACUGGAGUACCAGUGCCCUGGAAUUUUGCAGUGGAAAUGUUUUACAACUGAUGAAACUGAUGACAAGUUUUCACAAAAGUGUUUUGAGAUCUUUAAUAUGACAAAUAUGAACACCCCUCAACUUCCAUCACUAGUGAAUUUCAAGUUGACACCCAAAAGAAUUUGGACGGCAAAGGAUGAAAUAGUCAUCACAUUAAAGAAACCAGAAAACGAGCACCAUUUAAACGUAAAUCUCCGUCACCAACAUGGUGGAUGCAGAACAGUGUCUGUCAUCAAACUAAACGACAGAUCUUUUAAGUUUUGCCCUGAAGGAAUGUUGGACGGAGAAGUCACAGUUGAGGUUUUGGUAAAAAAUAAAUCAUUAGGGAAGACAUCGUUUAUUAUUAGAUCAAAAAUGCAAUUGCUCUCAGAAAUAUUGGAUGACGUCAUUAGCCCCGUUGACUUUCUGUGUUCUACGAUGAAAACGGAUGAUCUAGAAGCUUUAGAUUUAAUUCUAACUGAAAAGUUUACAAACUGGAAAACCCUGUUUCCACUAGCAGCAGUGGAAAACGAGCAAGAAGAUGAUUCGUCUAUUUUUGCUGAUAGAGCACUUAGUUUGUAUCCCACACUUCUUCAUUUCGCUGCCAAAUACGGAUUAAGUGAUUUCUGUAAAACGUUGAUGAAAUAUCCGGGUUACAAAUCAGCAAGAGAGAUGAUAAACAAAGACAAUCAAACUCCGAGCGAAAUAGCAUCAAAGGCAGGCCACACUGUGUUGGCAGAAGGUAUUAAGAAUACAAAAAGUGCAUCUCAUUAUGAAGAAUUACCGAUUGAAGACGAACCUGAGCCAGAGUUUUCUGCGUACCUUACAUGUAGUUUCAACGUAGAAGACCACAGAACUGAACGGAAUGAUUUUCCUGAAAGAAGGUAUAUUAAAUCUAUCAGACGUCGUUCUGCGCCACCCAAGUGUCUCAACCGAGACAGUGGAAUACACGGAAGUAAUGACAGUGACUCCACGGACAGCUCAGGAAAAAAUCAUGCAAGUUUCUUUCUGGAUGUUUUAAAGACACUGAAGAAAAAUUUAAGAAGGAAAAGCAGAGGAAAAUACAAAAUUGCAUGAAGUAUAUAACACUGUACCGAAAAAUUUUGCCUGUGCCAAGUCAGGAAGACGAUUGAGUCUCCGAGAGAGAGAAAGACUGUCCCUUCCAGGAAAUACAAGAGGGGACUUGAUCUGAGCAGCGCUUCGAUUCUCACUGACUAUUAAAAGCUAUUAUGUUUUCUGAUGAUUGGCUUGAACUGCUUGCAGAGUGUGUUGCUUUAUGUAGUUUCAUAUAAAGAAGGACAAAAUCAAAGACUCUAUAAAUAGUGUGUCAAUAUAAUAGUGAUAUUUUUUAACAAAACUGACAAUUAUAGAAAACCCUGCGUGUUUAAAUGGACUCAACGGAAUUCAACGAUGUGUGAGAAUCAUGUUUUGAUUCAAAUAAUGACCGGAGAAUAGUGGUGUAGUACUAGUGUUUUAAAAUACAAUGUGGCAUCUACUGGUACAAGUCAUUGAGGAAACGGCAUGACAACGUAUCGAUACAAGAAC